GUCCAGUGUGCCUCUGCGUCCGGCUGUCACAGACAUGGCUUCCGUCACCCGCCUGCUGGAAUGGAUCUUCUUCUUCUAUUUCUUGUCCCACAUCCCUAUCACGCUUCUGGUGGAUCUGCAGGCCGUGUUGCCGGCCAGCCUGUACCCACAGGGGCUGUUGGAUGUAAUGAAAUGGUACACAGUCACGUUUAAAGACCACCUGAUGAUGAACCCACCGGCUUGGUUUAUGAGCUUCGUUUUUUGCGAAGCAGUCGUACAGCUUCCUUUCUUUCCUGUGGCUGCUUAUGCAUUUUAUAAAGGUGGCUGUAGGUGGAUAAGGAUUCCAGCCAUUGUCUAUUCUGCACACGUAGCCACCACUGUUGUUGCCAUUAUUGCACAUGUUCUCUUUGGGGACUUCGCCAGGUACAAUGGGGUGGACCCUCCAAACCAGAAGGAGCGCCUAACUCUGGUCUCCAUCUAUGCUCCGUACCUGGUGAUUCCGCUGCUUAUCCUGAUCACCAUGCUGUUCAGUCCAAGUUACCGGCAAGAGGAAAAGCGGAAGAGAAAGUAAACGUCCUAGAAGUUGGAGGAUCAGCCAUGAAGGCUAAUAGACGUACAUGCGCAACACGUUCCUUUCAUGAUCUACAGCCCCAGAAAAAAAAGAGGAAGAGCCAAACGUCGCAGCACAGCUAACACUAAUCACAGGAAAUUCCAGACAGGGGACCAAGGUUUUCAUUCAUUAUAAUUUUUUUUAAUAUAAAAUGGCAGUUGACUCCUGCUAGCCCCCAAACCUCACUGUGAACCCCCUUAAUACUUGGCCUACGAUUCUAGCCCAGGCCCUAAUUCCCAAGUACGUCAUCAUAUGUCAGCAGAACACUUUUAAUGCGGCAGCUGAAGCACUUUUUCAUAAAGCGAUGGUUGCCGCCAGUUUGUAAACGCAGUAAUAUCUUCUCAGCAGACCUGGUUUUAUAAAUUUGAGAGUAGCUUUAUUCCUUUUUAUUCCUAAUCAUUAAAUAUAUCUUGGAAC